CGACCAAGCACUUUCAAAUCCCUGUGCUUCCCUUGCCACAUCUGCCUGAAUCCUUCUAACAAUCUUGUGAGUUACCUACUCUUAUCAUUCCAUUUCACAGAUGAGGAAACUGAGGCUCAGAGAGGUCACAUGGCUUGCCCGAGGCCCCUCAGCCAGUGUGACCCCACACCUCUACCUGGGCCACCUGCAGGACACUGGCCCCUGCCCCUCAGCAGACGCCGGAGAGAGAUGAAGAGCAACAAAGUUAAAUGAAUGAUGAACAUUUAUGGAGACUGACUGGGGAAGACCUGUACCCUCUCGUUUGAAAGUCCCAUCUGUCUCCAAGCAUCCUUCUCGCUGUAGCUGGAGGGAUCCUUGCGACCGCCACAUCCAAUCUGAUCCAGCCAACCUUCUGGGCUCCACACUGGGAGCUGAGAUAUGGAGCAGCGGUCAGCAGUGUUCGUGAUCCUCUUUGCCCUCAUCACCAUCCUCAUCCUCUACAGCUCCAACAGUGCCAAUGAGGUCUUUCAUUAUGGCUCCCUGCAGGGCCGGACACGCCGGCCUGUCAACCUCAGGAAGUGGAGCCUCACUGACGGAUACAUCCCCAUUCUUGGCAACAAGAUGCUGCCCUCCAGGUGUGGCCAGUGUGUGAUUGUCACCAGCUCCAGCCACCUGCUGGGCACCAAGCUGGGUCCUGAGAUCGAGCGGGCCGAGUGCACAAUCCGCAUGAACGACGCACCCACUACGGGCUAUUCGGCUGAUGUGGGCAACAAGACCACCUUCCGCGUGGUGGCCCAUUCCAGCGUAUUCCAUGUGCUGCGGAAGCCUCAGGAGUUUGUCAACCGGACCCCUGAAACUGUGUUCAUCUUCUGGGGCCCCCCAAACAAGAUGCAGAAGCCCCAGGGCAGCCUGGUGCGCAUCAUCCAGCGGGCAGGCCUGCUGUUCCCCAACAUGGAGGCCUAUGCCAUCUCCCUCAGCCGCAUGCGCCAGUUUGACGACCUCUUCCGGAGUGAGACAGGCAGGGACAGGGAAAAGUCCCACUCGUGGUUGAGCACAGGCUGGUUCACCAUGGUGAUUGCGGUGGAGUUGUGUGACCACGUGCACGUCUAUGGCAUGGUGCCCCCCGACUACUGCAGCCUGCGGCCCCACCUGCAGCGUAUGCCCUACCACUACUAUGAGCCCAAGGGGCCAGACGAGUGUGUCACCUACAUCCAGAACGAGAACAGCCGCAAGGGCAACCACCACCGCUUCAUCACGGAGAAGAGGGUCUUCUCGUCCUGGGCCCAGCUGUACGGAAUCACCUUCUCCCACCCCUCCUGGACCUAGGCCACCCGGCUGUGCGGCUCUCACGAGGGACACAGGAGAAGUGGGUCUCUGCCCAGCUGCUUGACCCAGGGCCAUCUCCUGGCCAAUCAAGGCUGGUCAGAGUGUCUUCUGGCUGGUCAGGCCUUGAAGAGGGUGCAUCCUCCAGCCAUCCAGGACCUGGGGGAAUCUCUUGGCCAAUCAAGGAUUUGAGCUUCUAUGUGGUUAAUCGGGUGUUGAGGGUAUUUUUUGUCCAGUCAGGGUCUGAGCAUAGUCAGUCAGGGUAUUUCUGAGGAAUCUGAAGCUAAGGUCAUGUCCUUUCCCAUGAGGCCUUGGUUCAGAACCCCAGGAUGGACCCCAAAUCACUUCCUAUUGAUGGGGAUGGUGGGGUCCUGUUCCAGGGAGCCGCCUCCUCACUUUCCAGAGCUAGAGAGAGGUUGGGUUGGGUUCAGGGGCUCUCCAGGGUGGGAGACUGGUAUCUGGGUCUUGCCUCUGCCCUGAGUGGCCUCGAACAAACCCCUUGCCCCGUCUCUGGGCCGCCUUCUGCCUGUGUCAGGUUCUAAUUGUAGAGUCUGAGAACCCUCCCACCUCCCCCCACUGACCACCUUGGGUCUGUCCUCCUUUAAGACUGGACACUUCCAGCCCCCGCCCCUUGCUGGGGGGCUCAGCUUCCUGAGGGUCUGGGGUUCCCUUCCUCACCUCCUCCUGGAAACUUGAGGGUAUUUUUGUGCAACUUCCUCAGGCUUUAGGGAACUCUGAAAAGAAGGGACAAACCUUCAGUUGUUUUCUUAGCCCCUCUGCCCAGCUGCCAUUAGCCUGGCUCUUAAAGAGCCAGGCCCCUGUUUCUGCCAUCCAGCCAUGAGGUUUUCCAUCUGUUGGAGGAGACUUUGGGGCUGAGAGGAGGGGGGAUCCCAGCCCACCUGAGGUUUCCCGAAGCCCUGUUGUUUGCAGCUGCUAGAGUAGUCCAAGGACCUUCCCCUGCCUGGGCCUGGGAAGGCUCUAGAGGCCUGGGAGCUGUCGCCUAAGUUCUGUCACCUCCCUCUACAUCAGGCACUUUAUUGCUGGGCCUCAGUGGGCUGGAUUUACCCCCCAGCUCUUCUGGAGUCUUGAAGGGAAGAGACUGGAGGGCUUCCUGGAGGAGGCCGUGGAAUGGGCAGGGUCAGGUGGGGAAGGAGGCCAGCAGUGAGUCAUUGCACUUUGGGGCAAGGGUUGGGGGCCGGUGACUACCCUAGACUUGAUUUUGUAAUGAUUUGUACAGAAAUAAAUGCACCUAAGCUCCAGCCCCA